AUGUCCACGACAAUGCCUGCAAAUAGCGGUCUCUGUGAGGCAGAGUUUUUCCUAGCUUCUCUUAAUUCAGAAGAGAGUGACAAUGAUACAUAUGAAUUCUUUAAUUCUCCUUCUAGUAAAGAAGUGAAUACGUCGUUUGUAUGGUCUGAUCCGCGGAAACCGCUGGAGAUGACUCCAGAGUCAUUGCAAACUCAGAACGGCUGUGCGAUGGGUACCGGUAAUGGUUUUAGUCGGAAGGAGUUUACAAGUUCGGUCGACACAAGUGAUAGUGAGUUACGCACGAAUGUUCCAACUCCUUUGAUGAGAAUGCCUAAAAUGGAAAUUUCCAAAAGCGAGACUAACCAUGGCCUGGGUGGCAUUUUGGAUAGUAACAUGGUUUCUGGGAUGUUCACUCAUGGUGAAACGAGGCCACUUAGCGCUGUUGGUGCUGCCAUAGAUUCCACGACGGCUGCCAGCUCUUCGACUACGGUUACUGCGUCAAGCAAUGAUAACGGCACCGGGAAGGUGAUGAAACCUAAGCCUAAGAGGAUGUCUCAUAAUGUUAUCGAAAAGAAGUACCGUACCAAUAUCAAUGACAAGAUUCUGCAACUUAGAGAAAUUGUCCCUGCGCUUCGUGUAGCGGCGAAAAUAGAGGAGGGAAGUACUGUAACAGAAGAGGACUGUAUCCAGCUAGAUGGUCUUGAGCCUGCUCGCAAGUUAAACAAGGCUUCGAUUUUAAUCAAGACCAUCGAAUAUAUCAAACAUUUAGAGGGCAAGUGUUCGGUGUUAGUUAUGGAUAAUAUGCAGCUUAAACAAAGCCAAGGUAUUGCAACGCCGGAAAGUCUGCGUCAACCUUCUCACAAUAUACCAUUUGCUCAAGCUGUACCACUUAAUAGCAAUCAUUCCACGAUUGUUAAUAGUGAGACAUCUUCUGAGACAUCUCCUUCAAAUAUGGUCCAUGCUUACCCUCAAUCUCAUGGUGGACAAGAUUUUACAAGUAAACUACUACUUGGAGGUAUUGCGCUAACUAUGGGCGCUACAUGUUUUGGAGAAAAUGAUGAUUUUGGAAAUGCAAGGGGAUUAUUUGCAAUGCCCGUGUUCCAUUAUUCACCAGCCACUAAUGGGUUUUCGUUUUCUAGUUCUCAGGGCUCUGCUGUAAACUUUAAAUCUUCGUUUCUUUCGCUAAUUAGGUUGACUUUAUUAAUGCUCACAGUGUUCCGUAUUGUAACUUCGUUUCUUUCGAAGAAUGAAAAUGAAACGAAAACUAAAGAUGUUGGUUCCAACUUUGGCAGUUCAGUGAAAUAUUUUGACACCCUAUCUUUUGGUACUCCCAGUAGAUUGUGGGAGACAUUAAAGAAGUGUUUGAUCGUCAACCGUUUGAAAUACCCGGAGAACUCAAUUGAAAGAAUUGAAUCUGAGAUAGCCAAGUGCUUUGCUUUAAAGAUUUUUGCACAAUCUCGGUAUUAUUGUGCAUUCUUUUUAAAUUACUAUAUUUCUUCUACUUGGCAAAGCUUAGUCAAGAAAGUGGAAGUGACGAACUCUAUUGCGAACAAAAAAGGCCACUAUUAUGACAUUAAAUGGGGUUUGAUUACAAAUGUGAUGAACUCCCCAAUUGAGCAAACUUUGGAAAAUCAGGAACUAUUAUAUGAUCUACAAAACUCUGGUAAUAGGGAGUAUUCAUUAAAGGAAUUUGUGUCGACAGUUAACGAUUCCAUUACUGCAUCAAAUACACAUUCAAUUAUAACAGUAUUGAUGGAAAGACUCGCAGAGGAUACCGAUGCAGAUUUAGAUACUAUAAUUGGAAGAAUCUACGAUGAAGAAAUUAAGAACAAUUCAUCUCUACGAUUUGGAAGAGAGAAUUUUAUUGUAUUAAACGCUUUGUUUGAUCAGUCUCAAUCAUCGAUAGCCAACCUAGUCAAGCUGUUGAAAGUAUAUGACGAUAUAUCUUUGGAAAACAUCAAUAAAGAUCAAUUGUUUGUCCUAUUUUCGGCUGUUAUUAGACAUGAAUUAUCUGGGGGCCGUCUAUCACAACUCUCACAGUGUAUCCGCAAAUUUCCUUUUCCUCACCUGAACCUCAAUGAGUGUUCGUUGAUGGGCGCUACCGGUAUGUACAUAGCGCUCCGUUAUCUCGUACAGCACGAAGAUAAAUUACAGGAUAAAGAGCUUACCCUUUUAGGAGACUUGGCUAGCAAUUUGCGUGUUUGGUUGGGAUCCGGCCCCGGUGGUGUAUUUGACCUCGAAAUUAGAGGCAAACUGAUCAACUAUUGUAUGGACAUUGCAUUGCGGAGCGAUGAAAAGGUAUCAGGUAGUGAAGCUACCUUGAUACCCCAGGAGACAGAUAGUGAUGAUUCCAACUUUUCCCUAACAUAA